AUGAAGCAAUAAUUAAGCUUAUUAAACAUGACGAGUAAUUAACCUAAAACAAAAGCAAGUAUUAUCCACAAAACUUAAGAUUAAAAAAACAAGAUGAGCAGUUUUGAUGUUUUAGGAAAAAGUCCUUACAAAAGCAAUUUUAAUCGAUAAAACUCAAGACAUCUUCUAAAAGAACAUCAAGCAAUAACAAGUAGGGUUAAUCAGAGAUAAAGUUAUAAAUCCCCUCCAGAAUCAACAAAGAGCAGCAAACCAAUUAGUAUUAGCAAUAACAGUAUAAAAUUAUUAUUAUAUCAAAGAUGAAUUAAAAUAUAUGGACUCUUCAAAAAGAGUUACUCAAAAGUCUUAUUAAUAUUAAUUAAAAGCCUUGUUAGGCAGUGAAUAAGAAAAACCAACAUUCUUUGAUUAAACAAAAAGUAAAUUGGAAAUAUAUAUACUUUAGGAAUAAAUACAUAAAUAAAUUCUAAUAUUUUAACUUAAUCACCAAAAUAAAAUAUAAAAACAAGCCCUGAUAUAAAAUAUAGUAAAAUUGUAAAUUCGAAAAGCAAAGUUUCUCUUUAAAAUACAAAUUUGAGUGUUGCUGAUAAAAUGCUUUAAUUAGAGAAAAACAAAUAAAAAAUAAUUUCUUUGUAACUCAAACUUGCACAGAAUAUAAAAUAAAGACCUCAAAAAUAAUCUUUUCCUAUAAUUCCUCUAAUGGAAAAAUUAGAUAAAUAAAAUUAAUAAUGGUAAUUACCUUAGACAGCUUUAUUUAUAUUAUAAAAUUAUUGUGAUGCUUUAAAUGAUUUUGAAAAGAAGGAGAUAAUAGAUUAUGAAAAUAUAUAUUAUUUAGCUCCAAAAUAAAUAACAUAGAAUUAGAAAGAAUUUCUUGAAACACAAUUAAACAAUGGAUUUGAUACAUAAGAGUAUAUCUUAUUUGAUAAAUAUGUUUAGUGGAGAUUACAUAUUCAUAAAAUAAGACUAGAUAGCCUAUAGAUAUGAAAUGUUAGAGAAAUUGGGACAUGGUAGUUUUGGUUAUGUUUUUAAAGUGAUGGAUCAUAAACAUCAUUAAUAAGUGGCAUUGAAGAUCAUUAAGAAUAAAGACAAAUUUUAUAAAUAAGCUUUAAUUGAAAUAGAUAUUCUAAAAAUAGUAAAUAAAGCAGAUGUUUCUUGUUGUUUAAUAAGAAUGUUAAAUUAUUUUGAAUUUCGUGGUCAUAUCGUAAUUUAAAAAAAUUAAUUUAGGAAGUGCAUGGUAUUUGAGCUUUUAAGUUGUAAUUUAUACGAAUUCAUAGCAAUAAAUGAUUUCGUUGGUUUUGAUCUCGAUUUAAUUAGACGAUUCGCAAUCUAAAUCCUUUAAGGUCUUCUUUAUUUAAAGGAAUAUAAUAUAAUACAUUGUGAUUUAAAACCUGAGAAUAUUCUCCUCAAAGAUUUUAAUAGAUCUGGUAUUAGAAUUAUUGAUUUUGGUUCUAGUUGUUUCAAUAAUCAAAAAAUAUACUCAUAUAUACAGGUAUAUUUAUAAUUUAUAUAAAUUUUUUAGAGUAGAUUUUAUAGAGCUCCUGAAGUUGUUUUAGGAUUAGAUUACACUUCUUAAAUUGAUAUGUGGAGUUUUGGAUGUAUUAUUGCUGAACUCUUUACUGGAGAAUCAUUAUUUUAAUCUAAAUCAGAAAAAGAAUUACUAUUUUUAUAAACUAAAAUUAUUGGUAUGCCUCCAAAAGAAUUAAUUGAAUAAGGAUCAAGAAAAUCAAAAUUUUUUGAUGAAAAAUAUUAACUUAAUUAUAAAAUUAAGGAUUAAGAUUUAUUAUAAGGAAUUAAGACACUUAAUUAACAUUUAUAAAAAGCAGAUCCUUAAUAUUAAGAUGUAACUAUUAUUUAUUAAAUUAAGUUUGUUAUUAAUUGUCUAAGAUGGAAUCCAGAUUAGAGAAUGACACCAGAAAAAGCCUUAAUUCAUCCAUGGAUUAUUAAUGGAUUACCAUAAACUGUUAGAAAAUAACAUAUUUAAUAAAUGAAACAUUUUAUGGUUAUUCCUGAAGACUUAGAUUUUAAAUAAGGUUAAGGUGAAUAAUCAAAUCAAUUUUUAUGA